AUGGCGGCGCCUACAGACCUCAAGAUUCUGGUCGCCGAAGACAACACAGUGAAUGUGAUGGUGCUCAUGUCCAUGCUCAAGCGCAUGGGACUUAAAGCCACGGUCGCCAAGAACGGCGUCGAGGCCGUGGAGGCGGUGCAGAAGGUGAAAUUCGAUAUUAUCCUCUCCGAUAUAUGCAUGCCGCUCAUGGACGGGCUCACAGCCACGCAGCUGAUUCGGCAGUACGAGCGCACGGGGAAAUUCCCCGCGGAAGAAAUCGCCAAGGCGAAAGCGUCCGGGGCCCCUGCGGGGGACGAGAAAGCGGGGCUGGCGGAGUGGACUGGCGGGGAUGCGGGGGAAGGGGGGGGAGAGGGGGAUUUCCGCCCGCGCACGCCGGUGGUGGCUGUGAGCGCGAAUGCGCUACAGGCGGAUCAGGAUCGGUGCAAAGCGGCGGGGAUGGAUGCUUUUAUGUCAAAACCGGUGAAUUUCCAAAAGCUAAAGGAUACGAUGGGGCAGUUUGUGGACCUUAGUAAUAUCGCUGCCCCUGCCGCCCCUGUCAGACCCCCUCCCAAACCGGUUGUGGAAUCAAGUAGUGAAGAAGAAGAGGAGGAGGAGGAGGAGGAAGAAGAGGAGGAGGAAGAGGAGAAGGGGAAAGAGGGGAGAAAGGGGGCGAAAGAGGAGGAGGAGGAAGGGGAGGAGGAGGAUGAGGAGGAGGGGAAGGGUGUGAGAGGAGGUGGCAGUAGGGUGUCGUCGCCUGCGCUCCCUCCUGGGGUGGUGGACGUGCGAGAGUUGAUGAGAACAGAGGAGAGGGAGAGAGCAGCAGCAGCCGUGGCGUUGGAGAAAGAGCAUAGCAGCAGCAGCAGCAGCAGCAGCAAGCCGAGUCAUAUGUUGCGAUCGAAAUCGAGGGACGGGCUGGCGGUUGCAGCAGAGACGGUUGAGACAGAGAGCGGGGAUAGCGAGUCGGAACCAGGUCCCAUGUCCCGCUCCCGCUCACAGCCCCAACGGCGCUCGUUUAAUCUUCCCUCAGCUGCAUCAGUCUCCUCCUCUGGAACAGCAGCGGAUUCACCCUCCGCUUCCCCCUCACGCCGCCACCACCACCGGCACCACCACCACCACCACCAUCACGACCACCUAUCCUCCUCUUCUCGCUCGCCCUCCCCUCACGGCUCUCGGCAUCACCACCAGAAAGAGCAGCACCAGCAGCCGCAGCAGCACCGGCACCGGCUAUCAGUGACUGGCGACGACGACGCGCUAUCCGCCGUGACUCGCAGCCACAGCAGCAACAGCAGCGGCAGCAGCAGACGCCGCUCGUCUCUGUCCCGACGCAGCAGCAUGCAGACUGGGACUAUAGCUACAGACCCGAACGCUCUCGCUGCUGCAGCCAUGGCAGCGGCAGCAGCAGCGGCAGUGGCGCACGAACCCACCCUCGCAUCCGUCUCUGCAGCCACCAGCUCUAUCCCCCAGCACUUCCCCUUGCCAGAUGACCCAUACUGCACCGGCAACGGCCGGGAAGUCUCCCCGCUGGGCGGCAGGCACAUGCUGCAGCAGUCUCCGCAGGGGCUGGGGUUGUCGCAGUCUGCGCAUUUGAGCCGGCCGGUGGCUCGUGUGCUAGGGCAUGAGCAUGGCGGGGGUGUGAGUCCGGAUAAGAGCGGCAUGUGGGCGCAGAGAGAGGCGCUGGUGGCGGCUCAGAUGGAGCUGCAGCAGCGAGCCCAGCAGCGGAGGUCACGGGCUGCUGCCCCUUCGAUCAUCUUCCCGGAUCUAGACCCGUUCACGUCCCACUGCAAGAACCCGUACCAGUAG